CGAAUUGAUUUGCGAAAAUUUUAUUUUACUCGUGCGAAAUGACCACUAGAGUUUCACCCCUCCUUCCGUAUGUUGUGCUGAACAGCUUCGUCGAGCUGCCGGAUGUGGCGUCAUUGCGGCUGACCGAGCGAACAUAUAGCUGGAUCAAUCUGAUAUGGAUCGAGGAUAACGUUUUGAAGAAAAUUUACCGCAAUGAACUGCUUCAACAUCAACAGGUGGACUCGCAACCGUACCGGACCGAGUCACACUUUGUCCGCACCAACUUCCGCAUUCUACCGGAUUCGACCAUCGAAUGUGUGCGGAAAGCCUGCCGGUUGAUCAAAGAAAAGGAUCUGGGCUUGACGAGGCCGGUGUUCCAUUACUGUGGGCAUUUAAUCAAUAAGUAUGAAGCUGGAGUUUUUUGGUUGAACGAUGACCGUUAUACUGGGAAGCUGGAAUCUUUGACGUUGGACGAUGUCCAGACAUGUAUCGGAAAUCCUGCAAUUCAUAUUUAUGAUUGCUUCUCGGCUGAGGAGCUCAUGGCGGGUGCCGAUAACUAUCCCGAAUGUGUGUUUCUCGCAAGUUGCUCCCGAAACGAACAACUUCCGGUUUGGAAGGAUUUGUUCAGUCGAGUUCUGUCUUGUCCGGUUACAACCGCUUUGGAGGUGUAUGUUUUGAAAUCCGGGAAUCCGAAAUCGAUAGAUCUUAAUCAGGACUAUCAAUGGGGACGACACUCGAUAAUGGGGCAGCUGGAUUGGGCCCUGACAUUGAUAACUGAUACCAUCGCUAGUCAAUCACUUCCGGAUGAUAUGUUCCGCAAGCUUUUCCGAGAAGACUUUCUCCUGUCGACCAUAAUGAGACGGUUUUUGUUGGCACAGCGCUUGAUGAAAGCUCAUGGUAAAACCACGGUUUCUAGACCGGCACUUCCGGUUUGUAGCAACCACAAACUUUGGCAGAUUUGGGAUCAGUUGGUAGAAGGAGCUGUUCGUCAACUUCAAAAAACAAAUCAAGAAGAGUAUUCGCCGAUGGAUAUUUUUUUCAAAUGGAUAUUGGCGGAAGACCAGGGACCGGAGAUGCUGCCACUGAUUUGCCAUGCUUUGCUCAUUCCAAAGCACAUCCCGUUAGCGCUGCAGAGAUUGCAACAGAUGGAAAAAUGUAUUCUCAAAGACGCCAGCCUGUUUCAAAUGGUUCUAAACGAAAUCGCUAAAUUCUCAAAUAGUCCUACGAAAAUCGACGCGGAAAGUGCAAUCGAUUUCCUCUACGAAGUGUUUAACAAAGAUCCCAAGGUAUUAGCGCUCCCACAAAUAUUCAAGGAUAUCAAGGUUUUUUGUUUGCUGGGAAAAGAUCCGGAUCCGAUUAUGAUUCGCAGGGCGGCCCAUUUGCAGUUGGGAAUCGUACAGCAUUUCAAAGUUCCGCUGUUGCGAUCAGCGAAAUUCAAAUGUUUUCAGUGGCUUGAUCAUCCGGAUCCGGAUGUAAGAAUGUGGUGUAUUCUUCUGCUCACGGAUACGCAGGAAAGAAAGAAUUUUGAUCGCGAUCUGCAGAUAAAACUAGAAGCGCUGUUGCAAAAUGAUCCUUUGCCAAAAGUACGCAUAACCGCGGUUGUCGGAUUAAUUUCCUUCGUGGAAACCAGGCCAGCAGAAAAGGAUCCUCUCGUUAGUUGUAUUCUACGACUUAUACCUACUUGUGCCAAUUCUAUGCUGCGGCAGGCUUUUGUUGAAGUGUUGCACUUGAUUGCAUUGUCUAAUAUAGCUAAUUUAGUGGACGCAAUUCGGCAAGCCACCAUGCCAGAUUAUGUCCAAACCAACAAAACUAACAAAGGAAGACCAAAUUCUAAGCAAAACAAAAAUAAACCCGUUUCGAAAACAUUACGGCAAAACCAAACUGUAAUGUUACAGUUGUGGCGUGCCAUCGAAUCCCUGAAACAAGAUCCAGAACCAAAGGUCUCCGGUCCAUUGAAAACAUUGGUAUCGUUCCUGCAGAAAAAAUCUGAUCAUGCUGAUACCGUCAGCAGGAAGGCACUGAAGAAGGCCAAUUCAGCCAAAGAUGAGUGGACACCGGAAAUCAUCAACAAGGCUGCCUUGCUGGAACAACUACGCGAAGGUCUGAAAACGAAUGUAGAUCAAAAUGAAUCGUUUCAAUUUGUGAACUCGAGCAAAUGUCACGUGGGAUAUGAAAAUGGAUGCUCCAAAGAUAUUCAUUUGGAGUUGGUGACUCCUGAUCAGAAGCAAGAAAAUGGUAAUGGAGUGCAACCUGGAUCUUUGAAUCAUCAGCUGGGAUCAUUCCAAAUCAAGCGAACUCCAGAAUUGUUGUGCUUCGGAUCGGAAGACGAGUUAGCGGUAGCAUCUGGGGAUCGCAUAACUUGGCUGAACCAAACCAAGGGAAACGAUUUCCGGUUGAAAUCCCCGGGUACCAACAACCAGGUGACGGCUCUCCGGUUUCUCAGGCCCAAACAGGCAGCUGAAAAAUCUUUGCUUGCCGGUCACAGCGAUGGAGUUGUCCGCAUUUGGCAACCUACCUCCCAUGGUAGCCCACCGGAGCUUGUCAACUCGUGGCAGGCCCUGUAUAAUCCUUGCGAUCUAUCAACCUCUGAUUCCAAGAUGACAACAGGUAAGAAAUCGGUACUUCUCAUGGAUCUGACAGACGAUUCAGUGCUGUGGGUUGGUGGACUUGAUUGCCAAUCUAUCCGUUCCUGGGACCUCCAGGUGGAGAAGUCCACAAUGGAGUUGGAUACCGGUUCUGAAUACCCGAUGACCGCCCUAGUAUGUGAAGGUUCCGCCGGGGUGCUUUUCGGACUGGUAGAUGGCAGUUUGCGUUUGUUGGACCAACGUGGAACCCGGACCUCUAUCGGCUUACCCAAACAUGGUAAAUCGAUCCAAAAAAUUUGCGUUUGUUCCGAUGGCAUCACUAUCGUAAGUGUUUGUACCGGUGCAGACAUUAACGUGACCGAUUUGAGAAAUCCGUUAAAGCCGCUUAAGCAGUGGUCCUUAGAAGGUAAGGCACCUUUAGUUGACGCAGCCAUUUGUGAUCGUAAAAGACUGAUCGUUAGCACAAAUGGAAAAGAAGUUUUGGUAAAUUCUCUCGACGAUGGACAACCGCUUUAUACCGUUGACAGAUCCGACGAAAUCAACAAAAGUGGAUCGAAGAAAAAGUCCCCACUUUGUGUCGCUUUACAUCCUUCAAAAUGUUUGCAGGCUGUCGGGUACAAAGAUAAUUCGGUUUAUCUGUUCUCUAAUUCUACCUUUUAAGAUAGUUAAAGGUACAUCAA